AUGUCGCCAAUCGCCACAUAUAGCCGCCUAGUGUUCUCGCUCAAUCUAGGCCUGCGUCGGGAGUAUACUUGGCCGUUCAUCAUCGCUGACAUUCACAGUGCUAUCAUUGACAUUGAUUUUCUGAGCCACGCCGGCCUCCUGCCUGAUUUACAGAAUAUGCGCCUCGUUAACUACAAGACGAGCCUUCACAUGCACGGCCAGAUCAUUGUAGCGGUGGAACACUCUGUGGCUAUUAUCCACAGGCAAUACGACGAGUCGCUGGUCGAAAUCGCCCACCUUAUGAGGCCAAACGGUUGCCGUAUAAAUAUCAGCGGGUCUAUCGUCCAACAUCGCAUCAUCAUCAAGGGAGCGUCAGUGUUUAAUCGACCUCGACCACUGCACGGGAAUCGUCUCAAAGAAGCCAAGUGCGCCUUCAAGAAGCUAGAAGAGCAAACUAUCGUCAGACCAUCUGCGAGCCAGUGGGUCAGUAUUCUCAACUUGGUAGACAAGAGUCCUGGCAACUACUGUGAAACCGGCCACUAUCGGAAGCUCAAUGCAGUCACCGAGGCAGACCGAUACCCUCUCACAAUAAUGGAGGACCUAUUCUACGACUGCAUGACAACGUCAUGUUCUCAAUGUUAA